UUGCGCGGUGCCAGCCUUGGUAGCGUUUCUUGGAAGCUCAGUUUGUGGCAGGCUCCGCUAAGCGCUUUGUGUAUCUUGCCUUUCUUCUUCCUCACAGCGAUGUGAGGUAGACACGACCAUUAGCCCCAUUUUGCAAAUUUGGAAUCUGAAGGAAGUCCCGUGAAACUGAGUGUCUUGCCCUAGGAGAGGUGGAGGUGGAUUUUGAACCCUAGAAGCUUGACUGCCGCCACUCUGUCAGUGUGGCUCCUUGGAGCCGCUGGGACUAGGCAGAGGUGGAAGAGACACUGAAGCGACUUCAGAGCCAGAAAGGAGUGCAGGGAAUCAUUGUGGUGAACACAGAAGGCAUUCCCAUCAAGAGCACCAUGGACAAUCCCACCACCACACAGUACGCCAACCUUAUGCACAACUUCAUCUUGAAAGCUCGGAGCACUGUGCGUGAAAUUGACCCCCAGAAUGACCUCACCUUUCUUCGAAUUCGCUCCAAGAAAAAUGAAAUUAUGGUUGCACCGGAUAAAGACUAUUUCCUGAUUGUGAUUCAGAAUCCAACCGAAUAAGCCACUCUUUGGCUCCUUGUGUCAUUCCUUAAUUUAAUGCCCCUCAAAAAUAACGUUCAUCAUGUCAGCAGACUGGCACUUGGAAAUUGCCUUAGAGCCCACUCAGAUCAAUCCCGUGGCCAUGGGUGGGCUGGCAGCUCUGCCCACCCUGCCAAAGGAAUGCCCCUGCUGCGCCAGUCUCCCCAGAGUCCCCAGGAGGGCCCUCUUUCCUCACUUCCAGGUUUUGGAGCAAGAGCUUGUGAGAAGUCCACACCCAGCUUCCUUCUGACCUUCAGUUCACUUUGUUGCCCUUGGAAAAAGCUGUUUUUCUUUAACUAAAAAUAACUGAAAUGCUUA